CAUUAAAAACCUCCCAAAUUUAACCUAUUAUUCUGUGUUAGACAGACAGGGUGAGCAGACUCGGUAGGUCUUUUGAACAGAGGCUUAACAGUUCAGUACUUCGACUGUUAGAUAUACACUGAAAAGGAAAACAUGUUAAUUUUCUGAAACCACAUAUAUCCAUCUAUACGGAAAAAGAAAAAUGUUCUGUGGCGCUACUUAAAUCCCACAAGUUGUCUUUACUAUAGUCACACAAAUAUAAAAGGGGUAGUAGAGAGAUCAGAAUCUCAAUCCAAGAUUACAUCUUUUUCUCUAUGGUCUAAUAAAUCUUGGAUCUUUUUGUUUCAUUUCCUUUUUUCAGAAAGAAUAUAGAAAAAAGGGUCUUUCUUCAGAUCUCUUUUUCUAUCAUCUUUUCUUAUUAUGGCAGAUUUAAGGAAGUACAUUACCAGUGAUGAGCUCAAGAAUCACAAUAAACCAGGGGAUCUGUGGAUAUCUAUUCAAGGUAAAGUAUAUGAUGUCUCAGAUUGGGUUAAAGAACACCCUGGUGGUGAUUUCCCAUUGUUGAAUCUUGCUGGUCAAGAUGUCACUGAUGCCUUUGUUGCAUACCAUCCUGCUACUGCUUGGCAGUAUCUUGACAAAUUCUUUAAUGGGUUUUAUCUCAAGGAUUAUUCUGCUUCUGAGGCGUCUAAAGAUUAUAGGAGGCUUGUAUCUGAGUUUACUAAACUGGGGUUGUUUGAAAAGAAAGGCCAUGUUUGUUUCUACACCAUGUGUUCAAUUGCAAUGUUGUUUGCUGUGAGUGUUUAUGGUAUCUUGUGUUGUGAGAGUGUGUUGGUUCAUUUGAUGAGUGGUGGUUUGAUGGGGGUUCUUUGGAUUCAGAGUGGUUGGAUUGGUCAUGAUUCAGGGCAUUAUCAGGUAAUGAGUACACGUGGACUCAACAGAUUUGCUCAAGUGUUAACUGGGAAUUGCCUUGCUGGAAUCAGCAUUGCUUGGUGGAAGUGGAAUCACAAUGCUCAUCACAUUGCUGUCAACAGUCUUGAAUAUGACCCUGAUCUUCAACACAUGCCAUUCUUUGUGGUAUCUUCCAAGUUUUUCAACUCACUCACUUCUUAUUUUUAUGAUAGGAAGAUGACUUUUGAUUCUUUUACUAGAUUCUUGGUUAGUAAUCAGCAUUGGACAUUUUAUCCUGUCAUGUGUUUUGCUAGGAUCAAUUUGUUUGCUCAGUCAUUCAUAUUGUUGUUGUCCAAGAAAAAUGUGCCCUAUCGAGUUCAGGAGCUUUUAGGGGUGGUUGCAUUCUGGAUUUGGUAUCCAUUGCUUGUUUCUUGCUUGCCAAACUGGGGUGAAAGGAUAAUGUUUGUUCUUGCUAGUUUCACUGUGACUGGAAUUCAGCAUGUUCAAUUCUGUUUGAACCAUUUCUCAUCUGACAUUUACGUCGCACCGCCUAAAGGAAAUGAUUGGUUUGAGAAGCAAACUAGUGGCUCUCUUGACAUAUCAUGCCCUAGUUGGAUGGAUUGGUUUCACGGUGGAUUGCAGUUUCAGAUUGAGCAUCAUUUGUUUCCUAGAUUGCCAAGAUGCCAACUGAGGAAAGUCUCUCCUUUUGUGAAGGACCUCUGCAAAAAGCAUGGUUUACCUUAUAAUUGUGCCUCCUUUUACAUGGCUAAUGCUUUGACCAUCAGCACCCUCAGAGCUGCAGCUUUACAGGCUCGCGAUUUAACGAAGCCUGUCCCAAAGAAUCUAGUUUGGGAAGCUGUCAACACUCACGGUUGAGACUGAAGAGCUCAAGGAAAUCCGUGGGAUAGUUCUUUUUCUCAUAAUUGCUGGAUUGGAGAAAAGAAUUUCCGCUUUUAUUAUUUAUGCCUAGUAUUGAUAAAUUCUAGCAACGACAAUUUUGAUCUUCAUUUUGAUGGAGAUGCAUAUCAUUGUAAUAUCUAGGAGAGAACAAUUGUACUAUUUCAGUCUGGUAAGGGCUUAAUCUAUUGUAUUUGAUCCAGAAAGCAGCAAGAGCAAUUCAUAUUGUCCUUCCCUGGUUCAAUUUUAAUGUAUAGUUUUUCAGGUUGCUGCAGAUUUUGUUUUCUGCUCUAGCACCGUGUUAAAGUA